CGCCCUUUUGGUGCCUCAUCUUGACAUAGUUUUUCCCAGGAUUCUAAGCCGAAUGGCGAAUACGGCGAACUACGAUCUGUCAACAACUUUUCUAUUUUGCGAAUCUACCGAUGGAUCAUGCAAGGAGUAAGACAUUUUACAUCUAGAUGGACAGAUCAGGUGAGCUAGAGGUACCACAGGACAGACUUGUAGAUGAGGUGGACAGAAUGUGAGACAUGAUGAAGGGAGAUGGCAAAAGAAGUCCCUCACCAGCCAGUGUAGAGGCCAAGAGAGCUCGAAAGAAUUCAGAGGAGUCUCUUUCUGGUGUCACCGUAGCAACAACAACAGGAGGAGACAGGGUCCUUGAAUUGCAAGGUUUGACUGAGGACCCCUUGGUGACAUUGGACCGAAAUAAAAAUUCACCCUUAGAGCCUGGUGAAAUUCCCAUAGACAGCGUAGGAAUUCCCUCGAGCCCAACCCCCAAUGGCACCUCAGAUGAUAUGUUCACUGGUGACAGUUCCUCUGUGACUUUUUUUGAAGGUGGUAUUGAGUCCCUCGCUUCACCACCAGAUGGCAGUACCUUCAGCAGCAGUGAGAGUUGGGUAAUGUCAGCUGGCUCCCCUCCAGCAGUGAAAAGUGAACCCAAUUGUGACACGAGCCCAGUCGAUUUUUCCGUCACCGAUUCGCUGGACAACUUAACAGGAUCCAACAGUGAAGUUGGGCUGGACACAACACUCACAUCAUUCUAUAAUAGCAACAGUUCCCCUAGUGCUGCGGUGUCUAGGACAUCAGCUUCCGAGAUGAACACAGCGUACUCUCAAUUCUCCGGCCUCCAACCGGGCUUCAGUUACCAGCAGCAGGGGGGAUAUCCCCUCAUGUACAACCCUCAGGAUCUGAAAAAAACACAAGUGGCACAGGGUACCACCGGUUUUUAUCCUUCCUCCAGCUACAGUCAGGCCCAGUACAUGUACUCCACACAAGUGCCCUUUCCUAGUGCUAAUCCUGCCAGUAACCCAUCAUCUAAUUCUUCAGCACAACAGCCUUUGGAAUAUAACUACCCGGGAUACCCUGGUUAUUUUUAUUCUGGAGUCCCAACCAAUUCCACGGUGGUACCACCCACCACACAGACCUACCAGUUAGUGGAUGUACCACACACCGCAACCGGGAAUCAGCAAUCUGAUGUCACUUCCUGUUUAGUGGGAAGUGGACAUAUAAGUCCAAAAGUAACCCCCCAGGCCGAGACGUUCCCCAGUAUAAACCCCUCACCCUCACCCCCUGGUAUGAGAGACAACACAUCCUCUAAACGCAGCAGUCGCAAUAGAAGCACGGCCAGUCGAAGUGGUCGAACGACAGCCUCCCCGGGACCAGAGUCUGACUUAGAACGGGUGUUUGUGUGGGAUUUAGAUGAAACAAUCAUCAUAUUUCAUUCACUGCUCACAGGAACAUAUGCACAAAGAUAUGGAAAGGAAUAUCAUUCCUCUGUGUCACUAGGGGUGCGAAUGGAGGAAAUGAUCUUCAACCUGGCCGAUUCUCAUCUAUUUUUCAAUGAUCUAGAGGAGUGUGAUCAAGUCCACAUAGACGAUGUCUCUUCUGACGACAAUGGCCAGGAUUUAGGCUCAUACAACUAUGCCACUGAUGGCUUCAAAGCAGCGACUUCCAAUGCCAAUCUGUGCUUGGCAACAGGUGUGAAGGGGGGUGCUGAUUGGAUGAGAAAAUUGGCUUUUCGAUAUCGUCGCAUCAAGGAAAUAGUUAAUGGCUACAGAAAUAACGUAGGAGGUUUGAUAGGACCCCAGAAACGAGACCAAUGGCUGCAACUGCGGCAAGAAAUUGAGUCAGUGACGGACAACUGGUUAACUCUAGCCCUGAAGUCUUUACAGAUCAUCAAUUCCAGGCCCAACUGUGUUAAUGUACUGGUGACCACCACUCAACUGGUUCCCGCUCUAGCCAAGGUUCUCCUGUAUGGACUUGGAGGUGUCUUCUCUAUAGAAAAUGUUUAUAGUGCCACAAAAAUUGGUAAAGAUAGCUGUUUUGACCGGAUCGUCGCCAGGUUUGGGAGGAAGUGUACCUACGUUGUCGUCGGUGACGGGAGAGAUGAGGAACAAGCAGCAAAACAAUUAAACUGGCCAUUUUGGAGAGUUUGUAACCAUUCCGAUUUAGUUGCCUUACAUCAUGCAUUGGAUUUAAACUACCUCUAGUGACGGUUUUCCACUCCUCUGAACUCACAGUGUAAUGGCUGGAAGUGAAGGAUGGAGAACUAAAUCCAGAAGAGCUUGCUGUUCCUGAGAGUGAAUGGAUGACAGUGUUGACAAAAUAUUACGAGGAAGGUGUUUGCAUUGAAAGUCCUCCAUCAGGAAAAAAUAAACUUUUAGUGGUGCAAUAUUUAGGUGGGGGACACUUGAGAGAGAAGUGCCAUGAACUGCUUUACGCUGCCAUAUGCAUAAUACCUUUAUUAACUUCAAUAUUGUGUUUUUUUAUCAGACAUUCAGAGGACAGUCAUAUCCUUGAUGGGGUCUAAGUUUAUCAUAUUAGAUGUUGUGAUAGUACAAAAUCUUGUUGACAAUAAUGAUGAACAUUCACUAUUGAAUGACAGAAUGUUGUCAUAUUACUGCUAUGGUUAUUUUACAUCCUGUGGAUGACCUUUGACCCCAAGUUGUGACCCUGAAUGUUGAGAUCAUGUGACUGUGAGAAUCUGUCCAAGCAGAAUUUGUUAACCAUUUUAUUUCAUUGUAUUGUUUUAUUGAACCCAUUUGUAUAUAGCUGCAUAUAAGAACUAUAAAAAAACCUGUGUAUAUUGAAAGAUACAGUCACUUAAUAUUAUCUAUAUCUAUAAUAUAUAUAACAUUGCUGCACAUCGCUCUCAGCUCCUGAUGCUGAACUGAAUGUCAGCAGACAAUUUUUAUUUGUGUUAGUUUCACACUUCUUCAGACGAUCAGAUUAAUUUUGUCCUCUUCCAUUUUUGAAGGACAUUUUUACUGUUGCUAUAACUGUGUAGUGCAAAAGUGUUGCUGCUAACUCCAUAAAAACACCUGUAUUGAUUUAAUUGUGAAGAAAAAAAAGCAGCUACUUUUCAUAAUGCCCAUUAAACCAGAUUUGUAUGUGCCAAGUAUUAUUUAUGAGAAUUGGUAGAAAGCUGUAGCACUUAGUGUUAUACAUGUAAGUUGGGGUGGUGCUAAUGCCCAGAAUGACCACCAGAAAACAGGAUAUCUAGUGGUGCUAGUUUUUCAUCCGAAAUAAUCAAGUUUUAAACCAAAGAAAAAGCACCAAAUCAAAAGGAAGAUCAGGCCACUAUAUGAUUUAAAUGAUUUACAAGUAUUAACAUAUCAUAUUAAUGGUUUGUGUAUUCAUUGCGAGAGACAAUCCUUCAUUCUCAAGCGUACAUUCUGUAGCUCAUGCACUGUAUUUUGUUAUUUCAGGUUAUAUCUCAAAAACUUUCAAAGAUACUGUGAAGACCAGAAAAAUUCCUUUUCUAAGCCUGUUCAAUUUUUUUUUUAUUUUUGAUGUCCAUAGUAAAUAUUAGUUGAUGGCUGGUUGUGAUGUGAGAAUACAAUCAAAACAUUUUGUUGUUGUUCAAAGUUUAUACCCUUUUCUUGGCAGUAUUUCAUUAGCCAAUCAAAGUAUUUCAUUUUAAAGUAGACCAUUUAUUUAUAGUUCUUUUUUGAUUCCCCUUUUUAUCUCAAGAUUUUUAUAAUUUUUGUGUUGUUUUUCUUUUUGGGUUAUUUAGAGAGUAAAUUUUAAAAUAUUUGAAUUAAAUUGGUGUACAGAAUUAAAAGUUUUAAAUUUUUUGCUAUUAUUUCACCAUUUUUAAAUUUGUAGAAUCCAAAAAGUCUUUCUCUUUCCUAUUAAGGUUAAUAAUAUUUGUUAUGCACAGUUCAGAUGAUGUUUAUCCCAAAAAUUUUCAAUGUUUAACAAUUUGUCUUUUUAAUUUUAAAAUAUUAUAAAUCUUGUCUUAAAAUCACUAAAAAGGUUGUACAUUUGUCGUUUCUUCAUUCAUCGGUUAUCUAUGUACAAAUAAAUCCAUUUUGUGUGUCACGUGAUUUGUCAUAUUUCUUUGUACGGUUCAGCUUAACCAAAGAUUUUGUACUUUGCUGUAAAUCUGGUAUGUCCACUGGCAGCUGUAUGCUCCAGUGAUUUUUCCCCUCAUAUCUUGAAUCUUCAUUAUUAUAUAUUACGAUUCAGUCCAGUUUGGUGAGACAGGUUGUAUGUUAUGUGAAACAAAUGCAUGAGGAGAAUAAGCAAUAAAAAUGUAUGAAAACUAA